AUGGCUCAAACGCAAGAGAAAUACGAUAUUGUCAUCGUGGGCGCAGGCCCUGUUGGCAUUCUUUUGUCCCUGUGUAUGUCACGAUGGGGUUACAAGGUUAAGCACAUCGACAACCGCCCAGUUCCCACUGCCACAGGUCGCGCCGAUGGUAUCCAGCCUCGUUCCACUGAGAUUCUCCGUAACCUCGGUUUGAAGCGCCAAAUCAUGGCCUACAAGCCCGCUAAGGUCUACGAUGUCGCAUUCUGGGACCCUCUCUCCGGGGAUCAAGGUAUUCAUCGCACUGGCAGCUGGCCUAGUUGCCCACGUUUCAUUGAUACCAGAUAUCCUUUCACAACCCUUGUUCACCAGGGAAAGAUCGAGCGGGUAUUUUUGGACGAGAUCCAAAAGGCUGGUACCACUGUUGAGAGACCCUGGACUAUUACAGGGUUCAAGAAUGAUGGCUUGGACGAGACAUACCCCGUUGAAGUGCAGCUGAAGUGCCUUGACACCAAUGUCAUCGAGACGGUCCGCUCUAAGUACCUCUUCAGCGGUGAAGGAGCCCGGAGUUUUGUUAGACAGCAGCUUGGGAUCCAAAUUCAUCACAAGGAUCCUAUCUCAUAUGUGUGGGGUGUUAUGGACGGUGUAGUGAGGACGAACUUCCCUGAUAUCGAGACCAAGUGCACAAUCCACUCUGAUGCUGGUUCGAUCAUGGUCAUUCCCCGUGAGGACAACAUGGUCCGUUUGUAUGUCCAGAUCGCUUCAUCCUCGGAUCCCGACUUCAACCCAAGAAAGACAGCGACUGCGGAGGAAGUCCAAGAGACUGCGAAGAAGAUUCUGAAGCCGUACUGGGUCGAAUGGGACCGCGUGGAGUGGUACUCUGUCUACCCAAUUGGUCAGGGUAUCUCCGAGAAGUACACCCUGGACGAGCGGGUCUUCAUGGGUGGAGAUGCCUGCCACACUCACAGUCCCAAGGCCGGCCAGGGUAUGAACACUGCAUUCCACGACGCUUUGAACAUGGCUUGGAAGCUCCAUGCUGUCGAGUCCGGACUCGCCGAUCGCUCUAUUCUGAGCACAUAUGAAACUGAGCGCAAAGACAUUGCAGAGACUUUGUUAAACUUUGAUGCGAAAUACGCCGCCCUGUUCUCCAAGCGUCGCCCCACUGCUGGAGAGGUUGGCUCCGCUAGCCAUGCCACUGUUGCGUCUGGCAAUGAAGAGGAGGAUGAGUUUGUUAAGACCUUCAAAUCGUCAUGCGAAUUCACCAGCGGUUAUGGUGUUGCCUACAAGCCGAACGUCUUCAACUGGGAUUCUAGCCACCCGGCCAAGUCGUCACUGUUCGACGUUCCCGGCGUGAGACUGACCGCAGGACGCGCUUUCACGCCCUCGACAGUUACUCGACUGGCAGAUGCCAACUUUGUGCAUCUGGAGCAAGAGGUGCCAGCCAAUGGUGCAUUCCGUAUCUUUAUCUUCGCAGGUAAACAGGAGAAGACAAAGAAGGCCAUCACCGAUCUUGCGGCAAACCUGGAAAAGGAACGCUCGUUCCUAUCGGUCUACCGUAGACCCGAUAUUGCUGAUGUUUCAUUCUUUGAGCGUCACCAGCCUCACUCCAAGCUCUUCACCCUCUGUCUGGUGUACGCUGCGCAGAAGAACCAGGUCGACAUGGAGGCUGUGCCGCAGAUUCUCCGCGAUUACCAUCACCACAUCUAUGCGGACGACAUCCCCGAUGUGAGAGUCCCUAAUGCCAAGUUCGCCGCACACGAGAAGCUUGGCUUUGACCCCGAGAUGGGUGGUGUGGUUGUCUGCCGCCCAGACAGCCAUGUUGCUUGUACCGUGCAGUUGGUGGAAGGCAGCGGCACCGCGGAUGCCCUGAACGCCUACUUUAACGCUUUCUCGACCAAGCCGUUGGGCCAGGACCAACAGCAAAGCCGUCUAGUCACUGAGCUUCGCCCUCAAGAUACUGAAGAGGAUCCCUACUACUACACUUUCAAGGUGCAAUGCACGUCCUGUCGGGAGACACACCCAAACUGGGUCAGCUUCAACCGUUUUGAGCAAUAUGAAAUUCCUGGAAGCCGCGGAGAGGCGAACUUUGUCUGGAAAUGCAAGCUUUGCCAAGUCAGUUUGUUCAUUUUCAAACGCCUCGCCCUGCCUGCAGCUAACAAGUGUGACCAGAAAACCCAUUCCGCCUCUAUUGUCGCAGGUCCCAACGUGUACGAAGCAGACGAGAAGCGCAAGGGCCGGAAAGUGAUCGAAAUUGACUGCCGCGGUCUUGAAUUUACCGAUUUUAAAGCUGAUGGCGACUGGGAGGCCAAGGGCACCGAGUCUUCCACCCCUUUUACUGCCAUCGACCUGUCUGAGGGCGAGUGGUAUGACUAUGACGAGAAAGCUGGAGAUGAAGUUGCCAUCAAAGAAAUUACCUGGGAGAUGUGCUCUAGGGUCGGUACGGAGAUGGUCAUUCGUCUUAAGUGGGGUCAGACUGAGUACAAGGGCAAGCUGGAGAGCAUCGACUCGUACAUGAACGUGCUGUUGCGGGACACGGAAGAGUUCAUUGAUGGAAAGAACACAGGAACCCUUGGGCUUGUGCUUAUUAGGUGUAACAACAUUCUCUGGAUGGGAUCGGCAGACAACGUCGAAAUGACUGAUUUGGGGCUGCGGUAG